AUGGACAACAGCGCCAGCGCAUCGCCCGAGCCGGACUCGACGGCGCGUCGCAGGUCGGGACGCGUCGUGCGGGCGCCCGCCAAGUUCGCGCCCGAGCCCACCACAUCCGCCGCGUCGAAGCGCAAGCGCGGCGACCAGGACGGAGACGAUGUCGACGACGACGAGGAUAUCGACGAUGACGAGGAGAUGAGCGACGACGCCGCCGCCGCCAGCGACGACGAGCACCCCGCGCCGCGCUCGCGCAACAGGGCCAGCCGUCCCAAGAAGCCAUCGUCCAAGAAGCCAAAGAUCAAUGGCGCGACCCCUGCGGAGGCCGGCCACCUCGCCCGCAUCCCCAGCAGGCCCAAGAAGGCCGUCCGCAUCGAGGCCGGGGAGAAGGGGACCGGCAUCUUUGCCGAGAUUUUCGGUUCCGGCGACUCGUCGAGCACCGUCGCGCAGCAGUGGCUGGAGAAAUACAGAGCCGACGACGCGGUUGCCAUGAGCGACCUCAUCAACUGCGUCCUGCAAUGCUCGGGCUGCGACCUCGAGGUGACACCAGAUGACAUCCGCGACCCGGAAAACAUUCCCAACAGACUGGUCGACCUCCAGAGCGUCUAUCAGGAGCAACAAAUCACAGAAUAUCCGUUGAUCUCGAGGGCCAAGAGCACGAGGUCUUUUCGAGACCUGCUCGUCGGCUUCUUUCAGUCGCUUGUCGUACUGCUUCACGAGACCGAGGUUCUCUACAAAGAUGCCGAACUGAUGGACAACCUCCAUGCAUGGCUUGCCAGCAUGUCCUCGUCCUCGCUGCGCCCUUUCCGCCACACGGCCACUACCAUCUCCCUCGCCGUGCAGUCCGGCCUCGUCGAGGUCGGAGGCAUGCUCGACCGCAGAAUAGCAAGCAACGAGCAGGCGGUCCAGGCUGCGAAGAAGGGCAAGAAUAAGACCAAGGCUGCCGAGAUUCAGCGCAACUUGGACCAGGCCAACGGCUAUCGCAAGUCUUGCAGUGACGCGAUCCAGUCCUUCUUCGACACAGUCUUCGUCCACCGGUACCGAGACGUAGACCCCAAGAUCCGCGCCGAGUGUGUCGAGGCUCUGGGCUCGUGGAUCUGGGACCUGCCCACCGUCUUCAUGGAGCCGGGUUACCUCCGCUAUCUGGGGUGGAUGCUGUCAGACACCAACGGGGCUACCCGCCAGGAGGUUCUGAGACAGCUUCUCCGGGUCUUCAGGCGGGACGCCCAGAAACUGGGGCAUUUCAUCGACAGGUUCCGUCCGAGACUGAUUGAGAUAGCCACACUGGACUCGGAAGUCUCGGUCAGAGUGUCGGCAAUUUCAGUCAUUGACACCCUUCGCGCGGCCGCCCUCCUGGAGCCGAAGGAGAUAGACGCCAUCGGCAAGCUCAUCUUCGAUACUGAGCUGCGGAUCCGCAAGGCUGUCGUUGGCUUCUUUGUGGCCUGCAUCGACGACGUUCACGAGGGCAAACUGGACGAGAUUGGUGGGGAAGAAGCUCUGAACGAGCUCAACGAUGCCGACGAGGACGACUACGAGUCCCCGCGCAAGGAAUGGGUCAACAUCAAGUGCCUUGCGGAGACCCUGGCGAUCUACGAUGCGCAGAUUGAGGAAGCACAGCAAAACGGCGCUCAGGCGGAGCUUGAUGCAGCUGAUCUUCUCGAGUCGACAGUGCCCGACACCCGGAUAUCCCUCGCUGCUCAGGUGCUGUACGAAAAGCUUCCCGAGGUAAAAUCUUGGGAGAUCUUGGCAGGCUACCUGCUUUAUGAUCACUCGACAAGCACCAAGUCCAAGUCCAGGUCCAAGUCCAAGGCCACGUCGGCAGAGGCGACCUUUAAGAAGGCCGUCGCACCGACGCCCGCCGAAGAAUCGAUUCUCCUCGACGUCCUCAGCUCGGCGAUCAAGCUGAGCCUGGUGCAGACUGGCGAGCACGACAGGAACAGGCGCAAGGGCUACCGCUCUGAAGCAGCCGAGGCCCAGGAGGAGAUCGCGCUUGAGCUGACAACAACCAUUCCCAAGCUCCUCAACAAGUUUGGUGCCGACCCCGAAACGGCAGCCAUCGUCCUCCGGCUGGAGCACUUCCUCAACCUCGACGUCUUUCAGCAGCUGCGGCAAGACGCGUCCAAGUACGAGAAGCUCCUCGAUGAGAUUAGCACGCAGUUUAAUAGGCACGACGACAAGCGGGUCCUGUCCGAGGCGGCGUCUGCUCUGCUGCACGCGCGACAGUACGAGGAGCUGGAAGAGGUGACUGACAGCAAACUGUCCCUGCUGUGGGAGAACGUCAUCAACGCCCUGCGCAACUUUGACAAGACCUGCGAGCUGUCGGUGCGCGGCAACCUGGGGGCGGCGCCACUCCGCGAACUGGCUACGGUCCUGCUCAAGAUUAGCAAGCUGGCCAGCAUAUCCGAUUGCGUCGAUGCGCUUGAGGCCGGGUCAAGAUCUACGGAUUCAAGCGCCCCAGCCAUCGAACUUUUGUCCAACAUCGUGCACCGCGGAAAGUACGAACCUCAAGAAGAUGAGAUUGAUGAUCUCGAGGACGAAGUCGUCACCUAUGCGAUCAGAGCAUGCCAAUUCUACUUCAUGUGGAAGACGCGGAGCCUUUCCGAGAUCCUGACGGCUGGCACGACCAUCUCCGAUGCCGAUCUUGAUACCUUGUCCAUGCUGUACCAGUCAUACCGCAGGCACCUGAUUGAGACGUUCUCGUCCCGCGCCGCCAUCGAUCAGCUGCGUCUCUUCGCCACCGGGAGCCUGUGCGACCUCCACCUCACCUUUGCCGUCAUCCGACGCCUCGUCAAGGGUUCGGCGGCCCGUCCGGAAGUCGGGCGAAAGCUCGGCUUCCUGGUCGCCGAGAUCGAGCCCGGUCUGGUCCCGGAGCUCAUCUCCAUCUUCGACGGCGCCGAGAAGCAAUACGCCAAGAAGGCCAAGAAGGACAAGACGCUCAACGAGCCAGCCGAGGACGAGGACCCGAUGACGGACGAGGAGGAGGAAGACGAGGACGAGGACGAGGGCCUCACCAAGGAGGAGCGCCACGCCGCCGAGCUGCGGGCCGAAAAGGCCCUCUGCGAGCUCUCGGCCAAGUACGUCCUCGCCCUCACGGCCAAGCUCAUCGACGACCGCGGCUCCCAGGCCAGCAAGCUGCGCCGCCGCAUCCUGCGCAACCAGUUCAAGCUGGGCAACAACUUCAAGGAGGUGGUGGCCUACCUCGACGAGGAGAAGAUGGCCCGCCGCACCAAGAAGCCCGCCGCCAAGCUCGCGUCGACGCAGCCCGCGCCGCAGCGCCCCGUCAGCGAGGACAUUGUCGACGACGACGACGACGACGACUUUGACAACAUCUUUGAAGACGCGGAGCCCGAGGAGGGCACGCGCGAGGACCUCCGGCGGCGAGAGCUCCUCGUCGACGACGACCCCAUCGAGGAUGACGAGGACGAGGACUUGACGGCACGGCCCGCUAACGACGUGGAUGACGAUGACAUUCUUGGGGACUGA